AUGACGAAACCGUUUCUUUUAGCAUUCGCCUGGUUAGAGCCGAAAACACGGAUCCGACGUGAGGGAGAUUUCGACGAUGAAGAGGUCAAGGAGUUUUCCGCGAUGAGGGAGCAGCAGUUGUCUGAAGAAGAGGUUUUCCGGAAGCUGAAAGAAUUGCUGAAGAAGGAGCUUGAAAAAGACCCGUUUUCUGGGCAAGUCGCGCUGCUGAAAUCGGCGAUUAAAAAGAAAAAGAAGAAAGUUGGAUACUGGAAAAAUAAGUCACCCACGAAGAAACAAAGUAACGAGGAACUCUCAACUGAAAUCGCUCGCGGUCUGAUGAGUAAAUUCAAGCUCAAGGAAGUCGAUGCCAAGCUCGACGAGGAAGUGACCAUGAUUGAUAACGAGUUGAUGCAGUUGAUUGAGAAAAUCAGAAAAGAAAAGGGCGGAAAGGGAAUCACUUUCAAAGGCGACAGGGAAGGAAAUGUGCCAAAAGUUAAGGGCUUCAAUCGAAGAGUCCUAGGGCGAAAACUGACUGCGGAAGAGCAGAAACAACGUGAAAAAAUCCGAGCCGCGCGACGAAGAAGAAAAGAACUCCGCCGACUUGAACAAAUUCGCCGAAAAGAAUGGCGCCUUGCUCAUCGAGACCCGGAAACUGGCGAUUACGACGAAUACGGAGCUUUUCCAGGACUUGCUGAGUUAGAGACUGUCGACAAGAAACAAGCGAGGAAGGAACGAAGACAGAAGAGGAAGAAAAACUCGGAGAAGAGGAAAAAUGCGAAGAAACAGAAAAAGAAGGGGUCGAAAAAUGGCGUGGAUAGAGGGACUUUCUCAAGAACAUUCCAAUUUACAAGACCAACAACGAAGCCAACAGUUUUGACGACAGUGCCAGUCAUCACAACAACGACAUCGACAACAACAACAACAACCACCACGACAACAACAACCACUACAAGACAAACCUGGCCCCGUCAAACAACCAAAAAGUUCGGCAGGGAAAGAAUCUACAACGCCAUGGAUUUCUUUGAGAACGAAACCUUCCUUAACGCUACUAUAAAUAGUCUUGAAUACGCCGAAUACCAAUUUGCGGUGCUCAACGCUGGUCGAAUGGAUGAUUUUGAAGGCAUUCAGACGCUCGAAAAGUAUCAGCUUCUCAAGCUUAUGAUGCUGUAUUUGCAGCCAAGGGAAUUCCAAGACUGGAAUCGAUUCUCUCAAUACGGCUGCCAUUGCUUCCAAUCCUUCGACACUCAAUUUUGGAAAGGCAAGGGCGUCCCAAAAGACGAAAUUGACAAGACCUGCCGCAAGCUUGGCAUGUGCUACCACUGCAUCAAGAACGACAAUCCGGACGGCAGCUGCGACCCGCUGAUGCAAUACGACUUCAUGGGCCUGCAAGAUCCAACAACGGGCGAGCGGUUCAUCGAGUGCCUAAACGAGAUGGGAAGCUGCCAGCGAAAUAUUUGCGAAUGUGAUCGGCAAAUGGCCAUGAAUCUCGCCAAACAGACUGAAACUUUUAACAUCAAUUACGAUCCAAUGUGGGGCGCUUUCGAUUCCUCCACUUCCUGCACGGAAAAAGUGGGAAGUCCGCCGUGGGACCAGUGCUGUGGAAAUUACCCUGAAAGGAUGCCUUACGCUUCGACGGGCACGAGAGCUUGCUGUAACGGGAAGACCUUCGAGAAAAUCUUCAACCAGUGUUGCAAUGAUAGAGUCAUUUCAAAGGGAAACACUUGUAACGCUUGA